AUCAACUUUCGAAGAAGCGUUCCAACCGCUGGCACGACUUUGUCAGCCUCCUCAUUGACACGUUUGGUGCGUACACUCGAUUGGACGCCUCAAGAAGCCGGCGGCACCCACCACGGCUAUCACCGACAGUGCGAUCAGCCGGUGGAACCAAAACCAAGAAGCGAUAGAACAAGCACGUUUUGUUAUGCGUACGCACAUCACACGCUACGCCGAGGUGUCCAAGCCGACGCAGGAUCUAUCAAGCCGCUGGUACCAACAAGCAGCUCGCACGCUUUCAGCUCGAUGAUUUCUUCGUCCAAAUUGACGCGUUCGCAGCCAUGAGCGCGGCGAUCGCCUCCGCCACGCAUCCCAACCCGGACCAAAUCAUUUGCGUUUUCGUGGAUGUGUCGCUCGACUUCAUCGGCGGCAUUAUCGCGCAGGUUUUGCACGACCUUCUCGAGCUCCCCGUCGACCAAGAAGAUCACACACCGCUUUUCUUCCACUCCAAGGCGCUUGUGCUUCACCUCACGCUACGCACGCCCGAGUUCUGCCUCUUGGUCGAUCACGCCAACUUUAUUUACCUCUUCGACCCCAAAAGCCAGGCUCUGUCUCUCCCGCGCCACACGUGCGACAAGGUCCUCCGCUGA